ACAAAUUUUCCAACUAAAUUAUUUUUAAUUAAAAAUAAUUUAUUUACCGGAAAACGUUAACUGUGUUUAUAAAUUAUAUAUAUUAACUGCCAAUGAAAUAUAUAAAGUAUAGAGUAAAAUAAAACGAGUUCUAAAUUAGUCCAAAAUUAUGUCAAUGUUGCUAAUUAAGAAUUAAAUAUGUAAAUCCCGCAAUAAGCUUCUUGCCAGGAAAACCAGACCAAUGUGGCAAUAGGGCAAUCGAACGAGAAAACUACAGGUUUCCCCCGAGUUUCUCAUUCAGUAGGUUCUCAUUCAAAGUCUCGGUUUGGUUGAAACGCGAGUUUCCCAAAUAGAAAGUUAAUUUAACGAAGAUUAAACCGGAACUGACUGUUGUGAACGAUGACAUAAAACUAGUUAGGAGUUUUAUUACUUAUACCAUCAAAUGAAUUUAUCCGUAAUGCCCAAUGCCACUACGGAAUUCUGGAUGAGAAAUGAAACGCUACCGAUUUCAGAUCCGAAUCAUAACCAAGCUACGAUACCGAUUAGUUUGCCAAAGAGCCAACUCUACUCCAGCCGGAAUAUUCUUAUUAUCCUGAUGUACAUGAUCCUGUUUUUCGUUGCCGGAAUCGGGAAUUUGACGGUUUUUAUUUCACUUUUUCGCUCGAGACACCGAAAGUCCAGGAUUUCGUUGAUGAUCCGACACUUGGCCGUAGCAGAUCUAAUUGUAACUUUUGUAAUGAUACCGAUUGAAGUUUGUUGGCGACUUACUGGUCGAUGGUUGGCAGGCAACGUAGCAUGCAAAAUGGUGCAAUUCGUACGCGCUCUAGGACCUUAUUUGAGCAGUAACGUAUUGGUCUGCAUUUCCCUGGAUCGCUAUUUUGCGGUUAUGCAUCCCCUUCAAGUCAAUGCCGCCAGAAAAAGAGGAAAAAUGAUGUUAAUGGUCGCCUGGGGAGCCUCUUUGACCUAUUGUGUGCCCCAGUGCUUCGUUUUCCAUUUACGGUCUCACCCGCUAAAUCCAGAUUACAAACAAUGCGUGACCUUCGGAUCAUUUCCCAACGAGUUUCUGGAACUGAUUUAUAAUCUGUCCUGUUUGGUCUUUUUGUACUUUAUUCCGUUAACGGUCAUCAUUGUGUCUUACAGUUGUAUACUCGCUGAGAUUUCCAAAACGUCCAAAGCUCACCGAGUUAAUAAUUCAAAAGAAUCAAUAAAGAACUCCAGUAACAAAUUAAGACUUAGAAGAUCCGACACCAAAACUAUAGAGAGGGCAAGAAGCAGGACUCUAAGAAUGACCGUUAUAAUAGUUGUCAUAUACAUUUUGUGCUGUACGCCCUACACUGUUAUGACUUUAUGGUACAUGUUUGAUAGGACUACAGCGGAGCAAAGCCUGCCAGUUUUAGUACAAGAUUUUUUCUUUAUGAUGGUGAUCUCCAACAGUUGCAUGAAUCCGAUUGUUUAUGGCAGUUUCGUUAUUGAUUUUAAAAAGUUUUCCUGCCAAUGUUCGGAAUGCGGAGAAAAAACAUCAACCGAUUCAAUGAUACCCUUAAACUCUGGAAUGGUUAAAAAAAUCCCCAACAUCCCGAUAUAGCAGUCGAAUGGUACCGAUCGUUAUUUAAAGAGACACCCAGUAGAAUGUAUCAAUCGAUCGCCACUCUAUGCUAAGAACAAAUGGUACAGCGAAGUCCAAGAAUCGUCGAGUAGUUCCCAGAAAGAAAUGGCGUAUUUCUAUAGCGAACCUCUAGCUAAACGACUACCCUAUGAUGAUACAAGCGAUUUCUAUUAACAACUUAAUUGAUUCGUAUUAAAGAUGUAAUGAUCUACCUGUGUGCCAAACAUUAACAUUUUAAAAAAAUUGUAUAUACAUAAAUUUCCAUGUUCUUUAAUCUAUAGUUGAGCAAAAUAAAUCUUUAAAUGUUUUUCAUAUUUUUAAGUUUUGUAAAUAUAUUAAAUUAAGAAGUAA